AUGGGUCUCUUACGUCACGUUAUGGCUGCCGUGCUGAUUCGACGCAUCGUGGAUAUCUCUACAUCGUUCAUAUGCACAUCAGCCGUACCCACUAUACGACAAGCAAGGGGACUGUAUGGCAAUGCAAGGCGCUAUUUCAGUUAUGCUGCUAUGGCGGAGGAAUUUAGCAGUAACUUUAAGCAGCAUUUCAGAUUUGCGGCAUACAAUCGCAUCGAUAGAAUCAAAAUUCUAGAUGCCACUGCGGGCAAAUAUGGCAAUGUAUUUGGAGAUAAUCUUAUGAGAAAUGAAGAUUUCCGAAUGCAUAUUUACGUAAAUACCACAGACGAACCCCUUCCAUCAACUGAUGCCAAACCGGAUAUCAACCGAGUGCCAACAGACAAGUUCGAUGAUGCUAUAUGUUGGGUACCAAAACGUGAUUUUAUCACGGAAUUCGUACACAUAGUGGACGUCGGCUCUCUCUGCUGUGGACACAAGGGUGUAUGGCAUGGAGGAAUCACAAGUGCCAUUUUCGACAACGCAUUCGGCAUACUAGGAUGCUCUAUACUGAGAAUGGCGGCGACCAAGUAUCUCAAUAUACAAUUCAAGGCGCCAAUAAUGGUUGGAGACUCAGUUGCACUGGUAGUCAGCUUUGAUCCACAACAACUCACAGGCGAAAAGAAGGACAGGUUUGUCGCCAAAGGCACAAUGUACAACCAAAAUGGAACUGUUGUAGCUACAGGCGAAUCUGAACUAGUAGAUGUAUGGGAUCGGUGGCAGAAGAAAUUAAAACAAUCCGAGUGA